CCGGGGCCCCUGCACUCCUGCUGGGACUGGAAAGAGAGGCCGGUGGGCGGGCGAGUCGGGAGGCGCGGGCGGCCGAGGUCCUGGAGCCGAACCCAGGUGGCGGGAGCCGCAGGGUCAGGACGGAUCUGGGGAGCCAGGAGCCAGUGGUGGGGGUGAGGUGCUCUGAGCAUCAGCCCUCCAAGGGUCUGAACUGUGCAUUCAUGCCUUGGCAAUACCGAGCCCAGAGCCAACCCCCGAGAGCAUUAGCAACAAUUCAAAGGUGCCCAGGCCCUAAGGACUGAUGACAUACUGAUAUAUGUCACUGAUGACAUAUGACCCACUCACUAAGUGAUGUUAGGGGCGUUGCUGAGAUGGUGUGGGCAAGAGGCUGGGGAUACAGUGUUUGUCAGAGGAGCACGGGAUUGUCUCUACUGUCCUGAGAAGUCCCAGAGAGGACAUAUCGUGUUGGAUGGAAUCUGCACAGAGACUCUGUCGUGCCCUCUUCCUUGGCCUUGCCUUCCACCCUGGCCAGCGCGGAUGAGGACAGCAAAGGAGCUCCUGGACUCUUCUGGGCCCGGAGUGAGAGAGAGCUGCAGACUGGAGACCCCAGGAAUUGGAGGAACCGAACAAUCUGCCUUGGAUGGCAUGGAGAGUCGGGCUCGUACAGGCCCUUGGGGCCACGGCUGGGAAGGGAUUAUUCAUCAUUCAUCACAGUCCACGAACAGACUGCCCUGUGUGGCCAACAUAUCAAGGGGUCCUAAGCCAGAGGAGAAGAGUUCAACGGUAACUCAGGCACCAAGAUUUCUUCAGUUUAACCAAAUAGUUGUUUUGGCAACUGCUUUCAGAAGUGCCAUGUAUGAACACAACUCAUACUUUCAAGAGGAAGAGACAGACCACAACUCAAGAUACCAAGGUUAUAAUUGGACUUCUUCCAUUAACUUUUCUGGACAUUCUAGGUCUUAAUUUCCCCAUUUCUCACAUGGACAGUAAAUGAGUAACUCCUACAAUAGGGGUUCAUCACACUGGCAUGAAUAGCCUCAAAUGUAAUUAAUAAUCAUACACUAACAGAGCAAUGGUGAGAUGAUGUUUGAUGUAUCUGGGGAUAAAAGGUACCAUAUUUUCAUUUUCCAUGAACUAGAAAACAUAAUUAAGCAU